AGGAAAGCUGCUCGAUCACCACCCGAAAGAAUCCUACGAAGUCGGUUGGAUCAAUAGAGGUAUGGUUACUCCACGAAGUCGAUGGGGGAAUCGAGCGGCCUCGUUGAAGGAGCGGAGCGAGUUCUCCUUCACCUCCCUCAGCCGUGGGUCCGUCUAAGCCAGCGCGUUCAUCCCCUUCCCACGGUGCCCGAUCACCACCAGACUCUCCGCCUUAUUCUCCCACUCCGCCCCCACUCAUCCCAUUGACGUUCCAACUUCCAAGUGACAGGGCGAGUGAGGGAGACGAGUGGGAUCAACAUUUGUGGAGGCGGAAGGACGCGGAGGAGGAGAGGGCGACGGCGGCGGCUCCGGUGGCUGGUCGAGCGUAACGUCGUCGAUAUGCACGGCCUUGAGCGCCAUGGAAUCAGAUGUAAGGAGGGAAAGGUCGUCCCAGGCGAUGGCAUUUAAAAGACGAGGAGAGAACGGUGGCUCGAGCAUUUGCUGCGGUGUUCGGUAUUCACGAGAUCAUACGGGGAUUCCAAUCACAAAUCAAGAACAAAAGAACGGUGGAGGCUGUGGUAUCCAAUAUGAACACCCCAAGACAUUAUUACAUCGGCUAAUCCACCCUUCAUGUGGCGCCACCAUAUCAAAUCCUGUCCGUCCCUGCACAGAUCCCAUCAUCCCAGCCGUCCCUUCACCAACUAUUGUGCCUUAGCCCCUUACCCCCCUUACCCUUGUGGCCUUCUCGCUCGGUGGCAAACAAGCAUCCCGCACCGAGCGUGACCAAGAGACAUGGCGGAGGCCAACAACAACAGCAACAACAAUGCCAAUUCCAUAGCGCAGCAGCAGCAACAGCAGCAGCAGCAUCAUCAACAACAUCAGCAACAGCUCCUUUUGCAGCAGCACCAGCAACAGCUCUUCCUGAUGCAGCAGCAGCAACUCCAGCUCCAACAACAGCAACAACUGCAACGGCAACAACAGCAGCAGCAGCAACAGCAGCAGCAGCAAUCGCAGCCAUCUGCCCACCACCAAUCGCCUUAUAAUCUCCUGCAGCAGCAGCAGGCCAUGUCCCGCUUCCCCUCCAACAUCGACGCCCACCUCCGCGCCCCCGGCCUUCGAUCCCUCCAGUUCCAGGCCCCUACUCCUCCGCCGGCGCCGCCCUCCUCCUCACAGCCGCCUACCUCCUCCAACCUCCACCACCAUGCUUCGCAGUCCCAGCCGGCGAGGCCAGCGGCGACAGGGGUCGGGGUCGGCGUCGGGAGGCCUGGGAACCCCUUGGAGAUUGAGAUGGCGCAGAAGGACGCCUUGAUGGUUUGCAACCCCGACUUCAAACGCCCCUUCGCCUCCGUUGAGGAUGCCGUGCUCAGGCUGCUGCCAUACCAUGUGGUAUCUGAUUAUGAAGCUGAAGAAGAUGACAGGAUCCUUGAUAGUGAUACCACUGGUCAUAUAUUUUCACGGAUCCAGCAAUGGGACCACAACGUUCUCACAAAGAUUGCAGAGUUUACCACUACAUUUGAGAAACAAGUCCUUGCUUUCAACAUAAUGUCAAGAAAGAGAGCACAAGGAGAAUUCAGGUCAGAGGAGAGGCUUAUGAUGGAGCAGUUUUUAAUGCAAGAAGAGAAGCAAGCUCUGUUAGGAAUAAGAGCAGAAAUUGAAUCCAGAGAGAAGGCUGGUAGGGAAGCAGCAGAGGCCAAGAUGCGGAUGGCAAUGGUUCAGGCUGAACAUGCUAGAGCAGAUGCCCAGGCCCAUGCAGAAAUGUAUGUUCGUGCCCCAGUGAGGGCUGGCGCUGCUGGUUCCCUUGGUGACGAGGUUUCUGGCCAUGAUAUGGGGCAAGAACAGGCAGGUAACAUGGACGAAAUUCAUGGGUGGGGAAAUGCUCAAAGAGAGGAUGAAGAGCCAUCAGAGGAUUUUUUGAAUGAUGAGAAUGAACCUGAGAAUGGAGACACCGGAGAACAAGGUGAAUGGCGAGAAGCUGGGGAGCUGGACUUGAACACUAGGUGAUGAUAGGAUAAAAUCCUGGCUACUUUCCAGUUUGCAUUUAGUAGCUUAUGCACAGAGGGUUACAAAGUCGCUAACUUGACAUGAUCAGAUCUGUUUGUUUAUGGAGUUCUUAGACUACGUUUGUGAAAAGAAAGAUUACCUCUUCCCAAGCAAGAGUGUGGCUCGACCGCUGGAUCUGAUUCGAUUUCAUUUCGAGCAGCUGUUUUUAUCUUGGAGAUAGUUUUCCGGCAGCACGACCAGAAAGUUAACAAGGUCAUACCUUUUAACUGCUUUUGUGCUUUGAUCAAACGCUGUGCUGCUGAAACUGAACUCAUUUUACUUUCUAGAUAUUACUGGUAGGAAAUAGUUGAAACGAUAUCAGUGAAAAAUUGUCAUCGGUGUAGAUGGACCGAUUGCUGAUUACUUAUCUAAGUUAUAUGUUUAUUCUCGACACCCAACUUGGGGAUUUCUAGUUGCUCUGUGUCUGUACAUUAUGAAGUAUUAGUUCUACGGAGAACUUAGUGUUUCUUUCA